UUGCCAUUACCCACAUGGCUUUGCAUACAUGGCCAAGUUUCAGAGGGAAUGCAAAAGUCAUAGUACCAAAGGCAUAGGUGCAGUAGGUAAAGGGAACUCAGGGUGCCUUUCUACUGGGGUGACCUUAAAAAGUCUGCAUGCUGCUGUGAGGAAGACAUGUCACUCCGACCCUGCACAGUACCAUGAUGGCUGGAUAGAUAGCAGAAUGGGACUUUAACUGGCAACCUCAUGGAGCCCUGACAUAAAGUGCUGAGAGCAGGUGUGUUGAUAAAUGGAACUGCAGGACAGGAGUCACAGCCCGUCCCGCAGGGCCAGCAGGGUCGAGCAGGUGGUGGGGCGAUGGCUCCGGCGGUCCCGAGAUCUGGGCAGCAGGUCUUUAAGCAGAGACAGCGUUGCAGUAGAUGGGAGGACAGCAGAGUCUGGUAGUUCAGCUGACAGGAACUAUCCAUUCCGUUUGAAUGUCUUGAUCCAGCAAGACCCAAACGUCAAAUCUCAUGGCCUCACUCUUUCAUCUCACACACCCAUCCUGGUAGAAGAGGUAACCCCAGGUGGUCCGGCAGAUGGUCGGCUUUUCCCCGGGGACCAGCUUGUGAAAAUCAAUAAUGUCGCUGUCGAUGAUCUGACCUCCGAGCAAGCUGCAGAAAUAAUCAGAGAGUGUGAAGAUACUUUAUCUGUGACAAUUCUCCGAACAAUGCUGGGCCCAAAGUCGUCAUUCAUUACGCCAGAGAAAAGAGCCAAGCUCAAGUCGAACCCAGUCAAGGUUCACUUUGCUGAGGAAGUCGAAGUCAAUGGACAUGCUCAGGGCAACUCGCUGCUGUUCCUGCCGAAUGUUCUGAAGGUUUAUCUGGAGAAUGGGCAGACCAAGGCCUUCAAAUUUGAACCCAUCACAACAGUCAAGGACAUCGUGAUGACACUAAAGGAAAAGCUUUCUUUAAGAAAAAUUGAACAUUUCUCCCUGGUGCUGGAACAACAAUACAGUGUGACUAAACUACUGCUGCUACAUGACGAGGAGAAGAUACAACAGGUAGUUCAGAAGAAAGAUGCCCAUGACUUCAGAUGUCUGUUUCGAGUUUGUUUCAUCCCUAAAAAACCUGAGGCUCUCCUACAGGGAGAUCCCACUGCCUUUGAGUACCUUUACCUGCAGGGAGUGAAUGAUGUUCUGCAAGAGCGCUUUGCAGUGGAAAUGAGGUGUAACACCGCUCUGCGACUUGCUGCAAUGCACAUCCAGGAGAGGUUGGUGAGCUGUGGACUGCCACCAAAGACCAACCUGAAGACAGUCACUAAGACAUGGGGCAUCGAAACCUUUGUUUCCUCCACAUUGUUGAGAAACAUGCGAGAAAAGGACUUGAAAAAGGCCAUAAACUUCCAGUUGAAAAGUUGCCAAUCAGAAAGUGAUCCCAAACAGAAAGGCCUGACAGUCCAUCAGGCCCGCAUAAACUACUUGGAAGAACUAAGUGAGCUCAAGUCUUUUGGUGGGAAAUCUUUUAGCGCAACUAUGAUGUUGCAGGACAGAGAGUCGACAGUAACCCUGCUGGUGGGCGCCCGCUAUGGCGUGAGCCAGGUGAUCAACCACAAACUGAGCAUCCUGUCCACCCUCACAGAGUUUAACAGCAUUACACGCCUCGAGCUCGUUCAUGAAUCUGACAAGGUCAGCUUGGUUAAAAUAUACCUACAGGACAUUAAGCCCAUCACACUACUACUCGAGACAGUGGCAGCCAAGGAUAUGUCAUGCUUGAUAGCAGGGUACUGCCGAGUGUUUGUUGACCCCACCAUCAACAUUUUCCCCUGGAUGAGUGGCCCUAAGAAGCACAAAGUGUCUGUCGAAGAAGGCUAUGUGUCGCGUUGUUGCAGUGACUCUGACAACUCGUCCGACUUAGACAUGGAGCCGCUUGUCACCCACUUGCCUCGUGACGGCAAACGUGCACGUGUCAGAUCUUCGGCAGAUGUGGAGGGAAGGCACAGGCCGGUAAAGAACGUCAGGAAAAACAAAUAUGGCAGGGAAAACAGAAACAACAUCUGUGAAGACAAGAGACAAAAAAUAGAAAACAACGCUGACACAGAAAUGGAUCUAAGUGAUAGAAUGAAAGAGUGCAAGGAAGAAGACAAACAGCUCAAGCAGGAGACAGAAGCCCAGAAUUGUGGACGUGUACAGAUCGAUGUGACCGGCCAAGACUGUGGGAAACUUGAAUAUGAGGCACGAGAAUCCAAGACAGAAAGUGCAGUUACCGAGGACCAAGCAUCUCUGUCAGACUCCUGUGUCAUUACCAGCCCUUCCAGUGACUCCCUUGACUUACUGGAGGAAGACGACUUGAUUCCGUGUUCGUCUUCCUCCAUCCAUUCCAGUGGUUCAACACCAAGUCAUGCGCAGACAUAUUCAUCUCUUGAGCUUCACCCUUACACUCGGACCUACUCCGAGGAUCACCGACUUGUUCCUCCUCCAGAUCACUUCCAUCGUCUUCUUGGCUUGACGUCAUACAGUGGCAAUAACGAAGGAUGCAGCGUAACUUCUGACAACGGAGCUGAACCCCGACCCCUUCAACCUGUCUCCCCUUUUUCUGACGGUCACCUUACCAACUAUUCAACCAGCUCCUUCUCGGAAAAUGGCACCAUCUGUUUUGCCGAGCUGUCGCGCGUUGCGGACCUCCUCCCGAGUCCUCCUGAGGCAAGCGAGGAUGAACAGGAGGACAUGAGAAAGACACAUAUGCUAACUGACAACAUGGAUGAGGCUUUGAGAAGAAUAUGUGAAGGAGGAAACCGUAGUUUUCAGCGAGACCCGCAUUCCCCUUCCUUAACAUCCGCCUCCUCCAACUCGGAGUUUGUGUUUAACUUUGACCAAAGCGACGCACGCUGUUACUACAAACUUUGCUCCAACAUCACCCCUGACAGCGCUUGCAAACUUUCCCAACCUGUGACUGAUACUCGAAGAGGAGAUAAAAUGGAGGGAGAACAAGCUGAAGCAGGUCAACUGCAACCCCUUACCAUUCUUCUGCCCCCACCUGGCUUUGAAGACAGUAGCUCCGAUGAGGAGUUCUUUGAUGCCAGGGAUCGCCUCACAUCACCUGAAAAUCCAGCCUCUGGGGCAGUGACUAAAGAUGAUUGUGGUGAGAUUGUCAGCACGCUCAAUCUUGGUGACUUCAGAAUCUCUUGUCCAGAUGCAAACAAGAAAGAGAGACAACAAGGGAACAAGGAAGUUGGAUCCAGAAAAAGAUACGGUUCACAUUAUCCUUUCAUGAAAAAAGAUCACACCUACAAAAUAUCCCAUGCAAAACCUAAUGUAGCAUCAGUGCAGGAUUUGAUCUGUUCUAGGUUAAGUAAAAACCUUAUGACAGAAUCAGGUUCUGAUCAUGAACCUUCAGAACAAACACAUAAUUUCAGUCCUACUGAGUCCUACUCUCUGAGUUACUCUGAAGGGGAACCAGCACAGCUUGAGUCAAAACCUAUUCUGCUCACUAAUGGACCAAACUGUUUGACUAACAUUGUAUCCAGUGACCAAACGGAAGACCCUCUGGCCCCCACCAGGAACAGGAAACAAGAAAUGGAGAUGGAACCUGACGCAAUGGAAUCCAAAUCUGUCACAGACGCACUUAAGACAUUAGAUAUUUCCAUCAAUGUUGUGCGAUGCCGAGUGGACCCAGAUGGAAGGGAGAGUGUUGAAUGUAGAAGUGAUGGAAAAGAGGAAGGGGGUUACCAGGACGGGAUGAAGGAAAGAAAAUCAGAAGUUGAGACAGAGCCAUUUGUGACACUCGAAGGUAACACAUUGGCAGAGAUGAAUGCAAAGAGUGUCCACCUUAUUGCGCCUGUUCAAAACACGCAAACAAAGGUUCAUGACUUAGUGCCUUCAUCAUAUUCAACGCCAUCCCCUCUUCCUCCAAAGCUGGUUCGUCUCAAAUUACAAAGUCACAGUACAGAGACAUCCACCAAGAUAUUCUCAUUCAACUCUGAAGAACAAGUACAUUCAGUCAACAACUCUCAGUUAAAUUUAGAAAUGACAAGCAACGAAGGUGAAGCUACUGAUGCGGUUUGUUCUGCUAGUAAUGCCAGUGGUGAGGUUACAGAGAGCACCAAUGAUGAUAAAGCUCUUGAAGCUGAUGAAGUAAUGAAUGCCUCUAUUGGGAAAUAUGUUGACACAGAUGAUUGGAGAACUCUUAAGAAUAGGAGCAUAAGUGUGUAUCCAUCUACAGGAAGUACAUCUCAAAUGAGAAGUAAAUGCCCUAAAAAUACCAUCACUGAAAACUCCACAACAAUUAGUGCUCAAUCUCAAUAUACCCAUACUGUAAACUCCAUCACAGCAAAGCUUGGCGCUGCAAUAAGUGAUGUUUCUCCACAAUUUAAUUCAGGGCCUGGAUUGGAAACUGAAGGUUCAAAUGCUUUAUGUGUGGCUCAAACUGUGCAUGAAACCAGAGAAGAAUCCUACUCAGGUAAUUAUUCACUUCAAACUAACACUGCCAUGAUUUACAAUCUUGCCAAAGGGUCCCCUUCGCCGACUCACUUCCUCUUUCAGUCCUGUUCCCCAAGCAUCAUGGGCCGUUUGUCUGCCUCCAGACUUAGAGGAACUAUUCAAAAGUUGCCUAUGUUUUUAUCACACUCUCAAGAAUCCCUUAACCAAGAUGGGUUGGAGAAUGAUGCCCAAUGUUCUGUGAACAAUGGCAUCAUGCACAAAAUGGUAGAUGCUAAUGAUGUCCUGCAAAUCAAAGAUACAAUAGAGGCAGUGGAGUCUGACGAUUCAGAUACUGUUACUGGAUCAGAUCAAGAGGGGGAGUUUUCUGUUGAUACAGCCAACAACUCUAACUUAGUAUCAGAAGUGACAGAAACACGAGAGAUGUUGGCUGAUGAUGUUACAAAAUCCUUGCCCGUCCAGAAUGAACCUCAACCACAACAAAGAAAUGCCUUUUUGCUGCUCGAAUCAAACGAUACACCAGGACCAAUAACACAGCCUCCAGGUUCCAUUAUGGUAAGCCUUCCAGGUCUGACUAUGGACACUCCUGGUCCUGUUAAAGACGCUCCAAGAUCAACAUUUGAAGAUACAAUUCCAACUGAAAGUAUUCCAUCUUAUAAACCAAGGUCUCAGUUAGCCUGCACCCCUCCUCAAAACCUAAAUGGGCUAGAAAAAAUGCAUGGUCAGUCCCAAAAAGAACAAAUAAGUGACAGACCAGACCUAAUAGGUCGACUUAUGCCACCAGAACCGAACAUGGACUCAUUGCGCCCACUCUCUUCUGCCUGUGAGAACCCAGGGGUAUCAUCAAAGGAAGGGACUACUUUAAACUUGAAACAUGAGAUAGGGUGCACUUCUAUACUGACAUCUAGGUGUGAGUCAGUAGUGGAGGGGUUGAACAAGGAUGCAUGCGGUUGUUCAACUAUCUACACCGACUGCUUUAGCAGGGAGGGCAGCUUUGAUGAGGAGAUGACCGUUUACGAGUUCUCUUGCAAAGGCAGUAGUGUGACCCCAAGUUCCAGGUUAGCUCCUCUCACGACUGAUCCUUCCAUUUCAAAUUUUCCGACAUCCUCUUCUGCUCACCCUCCCUCCUUUCCACCCGCCAUUCUAUUCUCCCCGCCAACAUCUGAGCUCGGUCCCCUCCUCUCACCACUCAUUGACGUUUGUGUGCACUCUCAAACCCAAAAAGACAGUAUCAAUCAACUAGGAAACCAACGUUACCCCAAACCACCCACUGGAUUCCAAGUUCUCUGUGCGGAUGUAGACAAGCUCCUUUCUGUCUUGGAAAAAACUGGUGUUGACCGUUCUGUUGAUAGUCUAAGAGGUCACCAUCCAAGGGAUACGUGUGCAUCCCACUUCACAGAGAACAAGAAGGUACUCCAAACUGAAGCAAGGCGGCUCACCACAUGCUGCCAAAAGGUGGUGGGUAUUGACCAAAAUCCUGAGGAAAUGCUCAGUUCAUUGGCUGACAGUUUUCGUACCUUGGUGGAGUUAGCGGGCAUAUGCAUGUGGUUUUCUGGUUGCGACAGAUGUGAGCGGAGGAAUGCCGAAGCUGUCGCGGGUCUGGUAGAUGUGGCUCGCUCUUUCAGGGACUUGUGUCUGGCAGCAGAGCGUGCCGGCAGCAAUCGUAGCUGCCACGACCUGAGCACCAAGCUGCUAGCGAAACAAUGCACCGCACUCACUGCCUCCGUUUUCUGCCUCACUCAGGUCUUCCGUACUCUCACGGAACUGUGACGGAUAGCGACAGCCUGUGGUGCAAAAUCUCAACUGGCUUGUUGAUGGAGUGGUAAUGUGCAUGUGUUUACCAGCUAUAACGUGUGCAAGACCAAUUUGGUCUGUCCAGUAACCAAACUGCAAGUUGCUUAAGCAAGUCUGCUUGAAUGUAUUGUGUAUUAUGUUCAUCAAAUGUUAAAUUUAAGAACAUUAUGACGACGUCGGCAAGAAAUGUAAAAUCAAAGAAAAUACUGUAAUGCAAAUGUUAUUGUUUACAGACUGAGUCUCAGGAGUUUUGGCUUGCGACAGUGGUGAGCCUUUAGUUUCUGUUGUUCGGAAGUCUAAAAUAAAACAUUAAACAAAACCAAGAAUUAUUCACAAAAUAUUGCAUAAUUGUGUUUAGGUUUGCAGGAGGUUUUGUUCAAUGUUUUAUUUUCUACUGUAGGGCCAACACAUUUAUUACAAGUAGUGUAGCGCUGCUUAUGUAUUUUUAUGAAACUUUUAGUGAUGACUUCUGAAAUGUUAUUUUUACAAAAAACAAAAAGAUUAGCGUAUCAAAACUGAAGGUUGUUUGCAAUUUAGCAAAUGUUGCCUAUGCAACCACAUUCCACAUUAUUUUCUUCAUGUUUGGUCUGAUUGAGAAAAGACUGAUGUCAUGAGUUCAGUAGUUCUCGUUUCUUCUACCUCCAGCUAUGGUUGUUACUCUAAACCAGCGGUCCCCAACCUUUUUGUAGCUGCGGACCGGUCAACGCUUGAAAAUUUGUCCCGUGAACAUUUUAUUUUUAUUUUAUUUUAUUUUAUUUUUAU